GAAGAUAAUUAAGAACAAAAAAACAAAAGAAAUCCAAUCAAACUAUCAAUGCUUCACACUACACUUCAAUCUCCAAAGACCAAAUCAAAGCGAAGCUCAAAAAUGAGGUAUGGCAUUUCAAGGAGGAAGCGAGCUUUGCUACGUUGCUUAUUCAUUCUCUUCGCAGCUUUUACUUUCAUUACCCGGCUCAUGCUCACUCUAAGAUCCCUCGAUGCCCCGCCCACCACCACUACCACCACUUCCAACGGAGCGAUGCUGGAUUUGCCUGCCCAGCUCGAGCUCGUGGACCUCAAAAGGGUCGCCUUUUUGUCUUCGGCCGAGACGCCCAUUCAAGCUGGGCCCAAGACCAAGAACUGUGCAACUGUGGACGAAAUGGGCAAGGUUUUUAAGGGGAGGAUUUUGAAGGACAGUCUUAGAGUUCGAAAGCUUAUUCAAACUCACUUUUCUGUCAACGGCGCUCCAAGAAUCCGUGAACUGCCUCCGGAGCAGUUUUGCAGACAUGGGUUUGUGAUAGGAAAAGCAUCCGAAGCUGGUUUUGGGAAUGAAAUGUACAAGUUAUUAACUGCUGCAGCAUUAAGUGUAAUGCUGAACCGGUCGCUAAUCAUUGGGCAAACCAGGGGUAAAUAUCCUUUUGGGGAUUACAUUUUGUAUUCCAAUCUCACCUUUACACUGAGAGAAGUUAAGCAUUUAUGGAGACAAAAUGGUUGUCUAAAGAAGUAUGGAAGGCAUCUUGUGAUGAGGAUUGAUGAUUUUGAGAAGCCAACAAAAACAAAUGCUCUCUGUGGCAAUUGGAGGAAGUGGCCCCAACCUAUCAUAUGGUAUCAAGGCACCACGGAUGCUGUAGCAGCUCAGUUUUUCUUGAAGAAUGUACAUCCUGAUAUGAGGAAUGCUGUUUCUGAGUUAUUUGGGAAGCCAGAAUCUCUUCAAUCUCGGCCUAAUGUAUUUGGAGAACUAAUGAGAAUUCUCAUUUCUCCUUCAAGAGAUGUUGAGGAAGCAGUAAAUUGGGUUAUUGGUAAUGGUGGGAGAGAUCCUGAUAUUACAUUGCACAUGCGGAUGCUUAUGAAUAGGUCGGUGAGAGCUGCACAGGCUGCAUUGAACUGCCUCAAAAGAGCAAUACGCAACUUACAGCAAGGGUCAAGACCCAGGGUGGUUGUAAUAUCUGAUACCCCUUCUUUUAUAAAAGGCAUCACACCAAAUAUAAGUGAAGUUGCUGAGGUUCUUCAUUUUGAUUAUGAACGUUUCAGAGGUAAAGUCUCUGAUGAUAUUAAAUCAUUACCAAGUUUGGAGUUUAGGGUGAAAGAUUGGGGGCCGGCACCCAGGUGGGUUGCUUUUGUGGACUUCUUUCUUGCAUCUCGUGCAAAGCAUGCAGUUGUUUCGGGGGCUCACAGACGUGUUGGGACUACCUAUGCUCAAUUAAUUGCUGCAUUAGCUGCGGCAGACAGUAUAGGAGAAAAUUCAACAACUUCGAGGUUUUCUUUUCUAAGCAGCUUCCAGGGUAAUUUGUUGGCAGAAGGUUUGAAGCUUCAGGUGGGUUGGGGACAUGUAUGGAACCGAUUUGCGGGGCCAUUGAGUUGUCGGGGACAGUCGAAUCAGUGUGCUUUCACACCACUUCUUCCUCCUGCUUGGUGGGACGGCCAGUGGCAAUCUCCAAUUCCGCGCGAUAUUCAUAGGUUGGAACAAUACGGUAUCCGACUCUCAGGCUUUGGAACAGUAGAUGAAAAUCAGAUUCAGGCCUUUUGCAGUUCUAGGAAAAACAUUGUGAAAACUGUUUCAUUCAUAUAGAAUAGAUUUAUGAUGCAUUACAACUUUAUCGAUCUAUGAAGUGUUUAUUCAGGUGAUGCCUUCA